AUGGAUUAUGAAAUGAGUCAAUCAAUUUCAGAUAGGCUUGUUGCUGGAAUUUCAGUAAUUUUGAUAUGCUUCAUCGGCUUAUUUCUGAACGGUUUAAUAUUUUUCAAGUUUGCAUGCCCAAAACAAUUGAAAAAUGGAUUUCACGUUUUGUGCCUUUCGAAAUCAAUAAGUAACUCAAUUAUUUGUAUCAUCAGCUUGUUUUGGGUUGGUCCGGCCAUUCUCUUAAAUAACUUAUUCCUCCCACUUUUAAUUAAUAAAUUUCUGGGUCAACUGACUGAAUACGGUGUCUAUCUUAUGGGUCCACUGACUCAAACUUUGAUGGGUGUUGAGAGAUUUUUUAUCAUAUUUUUUCCUCUAAAAAUAUCAGAUUAUCAAAGAUGCAGGAUUGCAGUAUUUUCUAUAAUUUCCUGCUGGAUAAUGUCAUCUGGUUUUACGGCGGUUACGUAUCGAGAUAAUUGCUGGGUCUAUUACUCUAUCAUUUCUUUCAACUACGACUCAGAAAACGAUAAUUGCGACAAUGUUAAUCUCGAUAUUCUCAAAUUAAUCUGUUUGGUUUUAGCCGUUUUCAACGUUGUUGUACAGAUUCUUAAUUUGAUUAAGAUCAAACUAAUGUUUUCAAAACAAUCAAGAACAGCUUCAAGUCAAAGACGGCGCCGUACAUUGAGACUUUUCAUUCAAAGCGUUAUUCAAGAUUGCCUGUAUGGUUUAGAUCUUUUAAAUUCCUGCAAUUUCUUCUCAGUUCACAGCGUGCUUGGCCAAUUUUUCAUAUAUACAUUCUCAUUGCUGUUCGUCCAUUCUGCCGAUGGACUUAUAAUAUGCCUUUUCCAUUUCAAUGCUUCCUGCCGUCGAAGAAAAAUUCAAAACUCUAAUGGUAACCUGGUAAUUGUGGCGUAA